CAGUUCACUGUCCAGUGUCCACGUGAGGUUGGCAUUUUGAUCGGAAGGCAGUAGAGAUCUUGCUCACUUUUCUCCUCUAGUUCUUCUGGAGCUUUCUCUAGUCGUUUGUGUGAUCCUCUUUUAUUGUAAAGAAACAGUCCUAGCUCUGUUAUAAUGUCAGAAGAUUGGGACGAUGAGCCACCUAGCCUUGGCGUCAUGCCAUCUUUCUCUACUGGUUUCAGUAGUAAUGGUGGAGCUGAUGCUGGUGGAGGUGGUUGGGGUGGCAACAACAGUUCCGAAGAAGUAACACAAAAGUUUGAGUCGAUGACAUUCUCUGCUAAAGGAGGUAGAGGUGGAUUUGGUGGUAGAAGUGGUGGGGAUGAGGGAGGUAGAAGAGGAGGAGGUUUCGGUGGUAGGAGAGGCGGAAGAAGAGAAGGAGGAGGAGGAUUUGGCUCCUCUGAUGGUGAAGGAGGUGGCUGGAAGAAUGGUGGCAGCAGUGGUGGUGGUGGUUUUGGUGGUGGCUUUAAGAAAUUUGGUGAUAGAGAUGGAGAUGAAGGCGGUGAGAGUAGAGGCUUUGGCAGCCGUGGAUUUGGUGGAGGUAGUAAUGGCUUUGGAAGAGACAGGGAUGGUGAUGGUGACAGUGAAGGGAGUGCCUUUGGAAGGAGAGGAGGAAGAGGUGGAGGUUUUGGUGGUAGAGGAGGCAGACGAGGCGGCUUUGGUGGUCAGAGAGACAAUGACAAUGGUGAAGAUGGUGGUGAGAGCAGAGGUGGUGGAUUCAGAAGUGGAGGAGGUUUUGGAGGCGGUGGAUUUAGAGGUGGGGAAGAUGGUGAGAGUCGACGUGGCGGAGGUUUUGGCGGCGGAUUUGGCAGGCGAGGAGGCAACGAUGACGAUCAAGAUGGUGGUGGAGGUGGUGGUUUUGGCGGAAGGAGAGGAGGCGGAUUCAGUGGUAGAUCUGGAGGCGGCGGGGGGUUUAGAAGAGGCGACGAUAAUGAAGACGAGGGAGGGGACGGAGAAGAACGCAGAGGAGGCGGGUUUGGUAGGAGAGGAGGAGGAGGAGAUAAAGAAGAAUCAGGUGAUGCUCCUCGUCGCGAAGUCUACAUCCCUCCUGCACCCGCUGACGACGAAGGCUCCAUUUUUGAAACCAUCAACGCCGGGAUCAACUUUGAUCGAUACGAUGAUAUUCCCGUCGACGUGAGUGGGCGUGAUCCUCCCGGGAACAUAACAUCGUUUGACGAGUGCGGGUUCUUUCAGACAACGAGCGAGAACAUUGCAAAGUGUAAAUAUACGAGACCCACUCCAGUACAGAAGUAUUCCAUUCCUAUUAUAAUGAAGGGACGAGAUCUAAUGGCAUGUGCUCAGACCGGUUCGGGAAAAACAGCUGCAUUCCUUCUUCCUUCCAUCACUCGUCUCAUCAGUGAAAACAUCCCAGGCGCCAGCCGAAAUGAUACCCAGUCGCCGGAAGUACUCAUAAUCUCUCCCACAAGGGAACUCACACUACAGAUAUACAAUGAGGCUAGGAAGUUCACGCACAAUUCUAUUUAUCGCCCGGUCGUGGUUUAUGGCGGUACUAGCGUAGGCCAUCAGCUGAGACAGGUUGAAGGAGGCUGCAAUAUGUUGGUCUGUACUCCUGGAAGACUUAUUGACUUCUUACAGAGAAAGAAAGUGUUACUUGAUAAUAUCAAGAUAUUUAUACUGGAUGAAGCUGACCGUAUGCUUGAUAUGGGGUUUGGUCCUGAGAUAAGACGUGUUGUCCAGGACUUUGAUAUGCCGGAAAAAGGAAAGAGACAGACUCUUAUGUUCUCUGCAACUUUCCCUGAGGAGAUCCAGCAACUUGCUGCUGAUUUUCUUGAAGACUACUUGUUCCUUACAGUUGGUAGAGUGGGAGGGGCCACUAGUGACAUACAACAAAAAGUCAUCGAGAUUGGGGAGUACGAGAGACGUGACAAACUCAUUGAAAUACUCUCGUCAGCAGGUCAAGAGCGUGUGCUGGUAUUUGUAGAGACAAAGAGAAGUGCUGAUUUCUUAGCUACUUCAUUAUCACAAUCAGGAUACCCAGCCACUAGUAUUCAUGGUGAUCGUUUCCAGAGGGAGCGGGAAGAGGCUCUCCGUGAUUUCAGAAACGGUCGUGCUCCGGUCCUCAUUGCCACGUCUGUCGCUGCCCGUGGGCUCGACAUUCCUGAAGUGAAGCACGUCAUCAACUACGACCUGCCACAACAGAUUGAUGAGUACGUUCACCGUAUCGGGCGAACAGGACGUAUUGGUAAUAAAGGACUGGCUACCGCCUUUUUUCAGAAAGAUAAAGACAUGGCAUUGGCUAGGAGUCUUGUUAAGAUAUUAACUGAUGCUGAACAGGAUGUACCUGAUUUCCUUGAGGAGUGUGCUGAAAGUGCUGCUGGAACUAACUUUGGACCAAGUGGAGGACAAUUUGCCUCUCGUGACAUCAGAUCUGGUGGGCGUGGCUCCCAAAGAGGUGGUCGUAGUGGAGGCAGCUCCUGGGGAGGUGGCGGAGGAUUCAGUGACAAUUUUGGAGACGGGGGAGCGAGUUCCGGGGGCGGAUUUACCUCUUCUUCCGGAAUGGGAGGGGGCGGAGGAGGAGGAGGAGGAGGGGGAGAAGAAGAUGAAGAAUGGUAGCUUAUACUGUCUCAUAUUACCUCCAGAUCUCUAUAUUAUACAUGGACUAAGAAUAAUCAGACUUACUUGUACUAUUAUUAUUAUUAUUAUUAUUAUAUUAUAACUACUAGUGAAUGCAUUAUAUAUUUCAAGGCUUGCCUCACCAUGUGCAUUUGUUGUUCUACUGUUGUUAAUUUCUUCUAACUGUUUCACACAAUCAAAGCAUUUAUGGACCUAAUAAUGUUGUAUCAUUGUUGUUUUUCGUUAUUAUUAUUAUUUUUGUUGUUGAUUUAGUUUUGACUUAAAAUGUAUCAAUCAAUUUUCUAUUUGAUCCAAUGUUAUAUCUAAAUUUUGAUUAUGAAAAGUUUCAAUUUGA